CUUUCAGGCAACAAAAGUUUUUGCCCACUACUGAGAGAUCUACUCCAUUGUUUCAUUACAUGGAGAUUAUCUACGUUGUGUACACCAAUUUUCAAAAAUCUUUUGGUACACUUUAUGUGAUACCUAGAGUUCUCCAACAUAUAAAGAUAUGAUAUAUUUUGCGGCAUAUUACAACAUCAGAAAAUGGUUAAUCCAUUUGGAUGAUAAUUAUUUAAUAGAGUUUGAUGAACUCGCCUACUGGCCUUAAUUAUCCUCAAUGUUCAUUAGAUAUCAAGAUCAUUUUUGCAUGAUAUGGGAAUUCACCUCUUCAAUUUGGAGGAAAUGAGAUGCUCUCUUUCUCUUAUGGUUCUUAUGAAAAGAACUUAUGUGCUUUUGUGGCUUGAUGUGCAAGCGCAAAAUGAAUAGCAAAGAAAAUCAUAAGUCUUGUGGACUUAUGAGUAUGUGUCUACAUUAUACUGUAGACUAACACUUUGUAUCAUAUAUUUUGCUUGAAAGCAAAUAUAUAAGCACAUUAAAAAGGGAAGGGCAAUGAGUAUGACAAACUCUUUUGUCAUUACACUAUACGUGGUAUAGUGUUGUAUGCCUAAGCAUCUAAUCAUGUAUAUGAAAUCCCAAUAGAUGCAUACUACUCAUGAAAGCUAAGAUAUGAAGUGUACUUCAAUCUUCCAUCUGACAUGAUAACAGUGGUUAGUUGUGUAAUUCAUGAUUUGGACUAAUCAUGUAACAACACUUCUUUUUCUAAGAGAAGACCACUUUGUUAAAUGAUUUUGCUUUUGAGUACUAUUUAAAUGAUGCAUGAGAUUUGGUAUAAUCUCAUAAUUGAUAGGUUCAACUCAUGCGAUGUGAGUUGAACACACUCAUGUGAUUUGAGUGUAAAAACUCAUAUGAAUCUGAGUUAAACAAACUCAUCGAUUGGAGUUGAUCACUCAUGUGAUUUGAGUUGAACAAACUCAUCGAUUAGAGUUGAACCAACUCAUCAAGGGAGUUGAAGACUCAUUGAUUUGAGUUGUGCAAACUUGUACAUGGAUUCUUCCAAUUGAGGAAGAAACAUGCAAUGUGGAGAAUUGAGCCACAAACUCUAUAAGUGGGGAAACAAAAUAUUCUCAUAUUCCUUUGGAAAGAGGAAAGAAUAUUUUAACAAUCGCUUCGCGCGAUAUCAUGAUAUGUUAAUAUCUAGUCCCCUUUUGGUAUUGGAAGUAUCAAGGAUGUGUUGAGAUAUCCUAAUUGCUAUCUUACCAUAUUAUAGAGAUAUCCAUAUAAUUUCUAUCAUGUGGAAACACAAAGUGAUAGUGAUGGAUAUUGCAUGUGUUUCACGAAAACAUUUCUUAUGGAUAGUAUUCGACAUACAUCCUCUCGUACAAUGUGUUGCAUUUGUUAAACUUUUCAUGUGAUGAUACUUACCAUGCUGGGUAAGACUGAAUUGGUCAUUCCAUUGUUGGAUGAAAUGAAAAGUUAUGGACAAUUCUGUUGGUCAUGUUUUUCCCAUAAGAUAGAUACUUGAUGAGUAUCAUCGGAAAUGAGAUUUUAAGUCCCUCUUAUCUUAAAAUCUGAUCUGAAUUGGUUAAGUUCUUUGAAUUGUUUCAAAGGAACGAGUGUGGUCCAUUACAGAGAUUGUAUGGACAUCGAAGGCUUUAUAUGGUUCUUUGGUGCAUCUAUAUGAUGACCUCAAGUGUGUCCUUCGGACAACACAUGUCCAUUAAGCAAUAAUGUCUCAAGCUUGAGCACAUUAGCCUCCACACUACUGAAUUUACCAAAUGUGCUUACAAUGGUGAUUGUUUGUCUUGGUAUUCAAAAUGAUAUCCAUAAAGGAUAUGAUGAAUCUGUGAUUGAUUCGAAAAUUUCAGAUCAUUAAUGACCAUCAGUAAUGAAUUGUCAUUUCCAACUGGUUAUGGUUGGAGUCAGGAAGUUUUGCACGCUCCUGACUUGUGAUUAACUGCAUGUACUGCAUGUACAAGUUCCCCUAUGGUUUUUAGUACGUGGGAAUCCGUGAAAGAUUUCCCAUGCGUACAUUGGGUAUGUUCCCAAUCUCACCACCGCAGCGUACAUAUAUGGGCACACAGAAAACUGGGGAUCUAUGUGAGAAUUCAUUCUCCGUCGAUCAUUAAGUUUUAGAAUCUCUUCAUAAGAUUCUAUUUAUGGCCCGUACGCUUGCUUGAAUCAUGAGCUUUUCCAGGCAUUAGGGGGAGAUUUCAAGUACCAAAAAUGAAUGCCAGGAAAUUAUAAUGAAUGCAGUAAGCAUUCAGGCUCAGGAUCACGUACUAAAACUGAACCUUUGGGUUCGAAUGAUUUGCAAGAAGUUGCAAAUUAACUGCCAUAUGCAUUUACUAUGAGGUGUCACUCAAAUUAAUCCUAUGAGGAAGUGCCAGAAAGAGUGGUUACAUGGAAAACCACUUAACUCCCUAUUGCAACGUUGUUGUAAAUAAGAGGGGGAGAAGUAUGGUCACAAAUUGGGAUUAAGAUGCUUGCAAGCAGCUGAAGGCUAGACCUUCUGAGAUAGUAAAUGCAGACCAACUAUUCGUUGGUAACCAACCUAGUGUUGGUAGACACCUAGAGGAUAUGGAUUAUCCUGUGAAUGGAAGACAUUCACAACCUAGCUCAGUGCGCACUGAUGAGGCUAGGUUAUCGGAAGCCCUUGAUUCUCGUUUUGGGAUUUCACGACAAAUCAUAAGGGUACAUAAGAAAAUGACUUCAUGUCAACUGGAGAAUUGUGUUAUUUAAAAGCUACAAGUGUCGACACAUACAUCUCAGCAAAUUGUAUAUGCGCUCCAAGUGAUCCAAAAGACUAUGGCCAUAGCAGAGCACGAGUAUGCUCAAACUGGAUCUUGUUUGAGUGAUACAAUGUUGCAGAGAUAGCCUUGCUCACCGGAAAGAAGUGUUGAAUUAUUUUCCACUUCAUGGUAUCUUACUGUGGAUACAAGUUUGUUUUCAUGGACUUGGAAACAAUGAGGUGGUGAGAAAGCAUGACUAGUAGCAACUGGGUUUAUACGCAAACCCAAGCAUUAUUUUAAUGCUAUAAAUUCUCCUCUACUGUGAGUAGUAAAAUUCCGAUACAAUAUUAUGGGCAGUAAAUCAUCUAUCUAUGCAGUUGAUAGAUGUAGUGACAACAUAUGCAUAUGUGGUCACUGGAUUAUGGUAUUUAUGGAGUCUUGAAGGAUUCCAAAUACAUAAUCACCAAUCACAAAUUUGUAAUGCUUGGAAAGUCUUUGUGACUUAGAGCAUCCUGGUCAAAUAUGGUACAUUCGACCUAGUGAAUCCUUCCUUCUGAAAGGAUACACAAAGAAUGGUAUGUUCAAUGUAAAUAUGUGCAGCAUAUUUUAAACAUACAUUACUUAUCGACGGAGUUCGAGAUAGAGGAUAUGAAUUGAAAGAGAUUUUCAAUUCAAAGUAAACUAUCUUGAGUAUCUUGGAUACAAAAUUGUCUAUAUCCAACAUAUAUUGAAGAAAUUCAAUAUGAGAGAAUCAUUGUUAUUUGAUUCUUUCCGAUCAUGAGAUGUGCUAUUGUAUCUUGCAAGAGCAUCCGGCCGGAUAUUGCUUUGCAACGAUUUGCUAGCUAACAGCACAUGAGAUCGAGUUAUGAUCUCUAGAUGUACUCAUGCUCUCCUUAUGUUUGGAUAUACUGAUCUUGGAUAUCUAUAGAAGAUCCCCAGGUAUAAGAUCAAUGACAUACUUCUGGUAAGUUGGACCUACUGUUUGAUAAAUGUUAAUCAACAGAGAUUAAUGGUCACUUACACUAAUCAUUCUAUAGUACACUUCAUGGGAUUGUACAGAAUGAUAUACUACAUACAGAGGGUAUGUGGUGGUCAUGAUUUUAUAUCAGUGACCUUAUUAUCUAUGAAGAUAAUAUUACUUUGUGUUGUUUAGAUGAAAAAUAAGUUACCAACUAAGUCUCUAACUUACUCCACAUUUUAAAUGUGUUUGUGAGUAUGUAUGGGAUGACUUAGUGUUUUGUAAAGAUCAGGGGGAGUUUCCCUCUUGAUUGAAAGAACUUGUUUAUACAUCAUGUUGCACUCUUUUCUUUGCAUGAGUUUUCACCUAUUUGGGUUUCUCAUUCAAAGUUUUUAACGAGGCAACAUCAACACAAGGCCUAUGUCGUAUCAUCUAUUUUUCCCGUAGAGGUUUUCGAGGAUGAUACAUUAUGACAUAGUUAUUGUUGUAUUUGAACUAGGAUAUGAGUUUAUCUCCCUAGAGUUCAAAUGGACCAACAAUAGAGUAUGACUACUCUCCUUAUUUUUCCCACUGGGUUUUUAAGGAGACUCAGCUGAUAUGUUGAUUUCUCAGAUUUUCUGGCAAGAUUAUCUUGGAGAAAUAUUAGCCUGAGUUAUAUGUCUCAUCAUUUAUUUUCCCCACUGGGGUUUUUGAGAUGAUGGCUAUAGACAUAUUAUUGUUCUUUGGGCUAGAGGUCCAUUGGAGAACAACGUACCAUGAUUCGAUUGAAUCACUGACCAUUAUCCAUAAGGAUAAUUGAGCUUGUGUUGUUCAGAUGGAAACAGGAAAAUGAAAAUAUUAACAUCUUGCAAACAAAGUCUUGUGAUAAUCUUGCUGAUCUAUUCACAAAAUCUCUACCAUACUCAACGUUUCAGAAAUGUGUUGAGGUGAUUGGUAUGAGAAGACUUAAGUGCUUGCAAGAAUCAGGGGGAGUAAUUCUCCAUGAUAUUUGACCUGUUUUGAUCCAUCAUAUUACACUCUUUUCUUUGUAUGAGUUUUGCCUUGUUAAGGUUUUCUCAUCCAAAGUUUUUAAUGAGGUAAUAUCAACUAAGCUAUAUGCUUCAUCAUUAAUUUUCCCCACGGGGGUUUUUAAGAAUGAUGAUUACAGGCAUAUUUUCUUUUGGAGGUCAGCGUGAGUUCUACUCAUAAUCCAAAAGAUAUUGUGUACUCCUUAUUUUUUCCCACAGGGUUUUUGAGGAGAUAAUAUAUUGGAAGACAACUUGCAGAUGAUCAAAUGGAUUUGGAUUGAUCAAGGGGGAGUGUUACAAAUUAUUGUAUUUGUGAUCAAUCCAAGGGGUGCGACAGAUAAUUCCCAAGGGACACACCCCUUGUGAACUCACCCCUUCAUAUGUAUAUAAACAUAACCCCUGCUGCAAUAAAGAUAGAACUGUCAUUUGUCUCUCUCUCAAUCUUGUUACUACUGAGUAUACUUCAACAUUGGCAACAUCCAGAGGCAUGGCCUAUUCCGAGCACUAACACCACGCUACAUUUGAUCAUUGUCCUUGGCAUAAAGUUUAUUUCAUCAUCCAAAAACAGGAUAUGGUCCACAGUCCACUCCAUAUCAUCACGUGGCCUUAUCGGUUCAUUGAUUAUAACCCUGUUUUGGUGUCGAGUACUUACUCUAGCUUCACUGCUAUACGGGCCAUCACACUCGAGUCUUGACUUGUCAUUCACACUAGUAACUAGUCUUCGUAGCCAAGUCAUUUUCCUUAUGUUUUCUACAGUCAUAUAGCAUCAUGCUAUGCCUUGUAUGCAAUGAGCUCUUUAAUCAACACUAGCUGAAUAUUGCAAUUUAUUCAAGUCACAUAUGUGGGCGAUAUGGAUAGAUAUCCCCUGAGUCGUGGAUUCUGUACAUGGGCCAUUAAAGGGCCUAAAUAGGUCGGAUGAUUGAUUUUAUGGGCUGACCGACUGAUUUCAUGGGCCGAUCGACUAACUUGGGCCCAAAGACGACGAAAAGGCUUGGAGAUCAAGGCAGAGCGGUAGUUGUUUCAAAAGGCGUGAGGGCUCAUGCGAGAAACAACAAACCCCUGAUAUUGCAGGACUGGUAGUUAGGAAGAAAACAUACUUGUAACGCUAAAUCUGUUUGUCUAUAUAAAGCAGGUUGGGGACUCCUACGAUUCAACGGAGGAUCCCAUCUCAUAGCUAUCCCUUACCAGAACCUCGAGCUAGCAAGUAGCAAGGCACCAUUGUAACUUCGGGCUCAGUGCAAUACAAUCCAAUCUCCACAAUACAUAGGAUGUAGGGUUUUACGCCUCCCGAUCGUCUAAACCUGUGUAAUUCUCCUAUCACGUCCAUGCGACGCAAACCAUAAGCUACAAUCGAUCUCACCAACCACAAAAAACACUUCGUGAUACAUCUCGUGGUGCACCGCUGUUACCAAACGCUGACACCAUCACCAACAUAUCUCAUAUUGCUUACACUAGUGUAUCUGUGGACUAACCAUUUAUGUAUCAACAUAUAUUAGCAUAUCUAAGCUAACAAUCAAUUACUAAAAUUAAACUAGAGACUUUCAACUCUGUUAUUUAAAAUAUUUUAUAUACCUCUAGCCCACACAAUGUAAUCAAUAAAUGUGGCCGCUCAAUCAACCCACAACGCCAUCAUUUCGUCAGCUUGCACAACUAAACUAUAAAAUAAGUAUUGAUUAUUAUUGUUACCUCCAAAAUUUAUAUUUAUAGUAUAUUUAAGAAAAAAGAAAAAAGAAUGGUUCCACUUGCUAAGGGUGCCAGCUCCAGCCCAGCAGCUAGCAAAGUCAACGCUCUUCGCGCCGUUCCCUUUCCUUGCGCUCAGCGCCUUCCUCCAAAUCGUCAAUCGCAACCACUCCGGCCGCCAGCGCCAGGCGCAAACGCGCGCCCCUCCCAUGUCCAUGGCGUCGCCUGUCCUCCACCGCCUGAUCCUACUCUCGGUCUCGCUGUCGGUGGCAAUCGCCGCUGCCGAUGCCAGCGCUGUGCCCGUCGAGUACCUCUACCCGACCCUGAAUCUCACCUACAUACACUCCAUCGACACCGACGGAGUCUUCCUCCGCUCCCCCAGCGCCAACUUCUCCGCCGCCAUCUACAACGCCGCCGGAGCCGGCCAGUCCUCAGACGACUCCCAGUCCCGCUUCUUCUUCUCCGUCCUGCACACUGCCUCACGGACCCCAGUCUGGACCGCCACCGCCACCGGCUCAACCAUGUUCAACUCCAUCGUCCUGUCCGUCGCCCCCACCGGGCUCGCUCUCUACGACCCUUCCGCCGCCAAGCCCGACGACCCGGCCUGGUCCACGCCGCGCCUCCGCGAACCCGUCGUAGCGCUGCGCCUCCUCGACACCGGCGAGCUCGCGCUCAUCGAUAGCCGAAACACCACGCUCUGGUCCUCCUUCGACCGCCCCACCGACACGCUGCUCCCGGGACAGCCGCUCCUCCUCGGGAGCCCGCUCACGUCCUCCGCGUCCGACCGCGACCUCUCCCCCGGAGCUUACCGCCUUGUCCUCACACCCAACGACGCGCUCCUUCAGUGGGCCACCAACGCCUCCACUGCCUUCCUCACCUACUGGUCCAUGUCCUCCGACCCCGCCGCCUUGCAAGACUCCAACCAAGCCGUCGCCGCCAUGGCCGUCAACUCCUCCGGCCUCUACCUCUUCGCCGCCAACGGCAGGGACACCGUUUACAGGCUCCUCUUCCCUUCGCCGCCGGCGUCAAAGUCCGAGUCGCGCAUCCUCAAGCUCUACCCUUCCGGCAGCCUGCGUGCGGUCGCCCUCACCGCCGCCGCCACCGUCUCCACCAUCUGGGCCGCGCCAGCCAACGACUGCGACCUCCCGCUGCCGUGCCCGUCCCUCAGCCUCUGCACAUCGGACGCCAACGGAUCCACCUGCACCUGUCCCGAGGCCUUCAGCACCUACUCCAACGGCGGCUGCGAGCCGGCCGACGGCUCCGCGCUGCCAUCCAUCGCCGACACCUGUGCCAAACAAGAGGCAACGACGCGUUACAACUACGUCAGCCUCGGCGCCGGGAUCGGCUACCUGUCGACCAAGUUCGCGGUAGCCGAUACCUCCGGCGACGAGCUCCCAGCGUGCCGCGACCUCUGCUCCGCCAAUUGCUCCUGCCUCGGCUUCUUCUACAAGAACACCUCCGGGUCCUGCUUCCUCCUGCACAACCGGAUCGGCUCCGUCUUCCGCGCCGGCGCCGACGUCGCCGUGGGCUUCAUCAAGACUCUCCCGUUACCGCAGCAGCAGCAGCGCGGCAGUAAAGGCUCGUCGUCGUCCCUGAGCCUGAUAACUAUCGUGUUCGGCAUCGUGUUCCCCACCGUGGCGGCCGUGCUCAUCUCCUUCCUGCUCUACGCGCUCAGGAGGCGCCGGCCGCAGCACGUCAAGAAGAGCACCAGCAGCAGCUGGUUCAAGCUGCCGGCGAUGCUGUCGUCGUCCUCCGCCCCGUCCGACAGCGAGGGCCUCGACGAGGACGUGCUCAUCCCGGGCCUGCCGACCCGGUUCACGUACGCCGACCUGGACGCUGCGACGGACGGCUUCAAGUGGCAGAUCGGCUCCGGCGGGUUCGGCUCCGUGUUCCGCGGCGAGCUCCCCGACCGGAGCCCCGUGGCGGUGAAGCGGAUGAACGGGCUGGGCACGCAGGGCCGGCGCGAGUUCCUGACGGAGAUCGCCGUGAUCGGCAACGUCCAUCACGUGAACCUGGUGAAGCUCCGUGGGUUCUGCGCCGAGGGCGCGGGGCGGCAGCUGCUGGUGUACGAGUAUAUGAACCGGGGCUCCCUGGACCAGACGCUCUUCCGCAGCGCGCCGGCGCUGGAGCUGGAGUGGGCGGCCCGGCUGCGGGUGUGCGUGGGCGCGGCGCGCGGGCUGGCGUACCUCCACGCUGGGUGCGACCGUAAGAUCCUGCACUGCGACGUGAAACCAGAGAACAUCCUCCUGGACGACCACGGCGGCGUGAAGAUCUCCGACUUCGGGCUGGCGAAGCUGAUGAGCCCGGAGCAGUCGGGGCUGUUCACGACGAUGCGCGGCACGCGCGGGUACCUGGCGCCGGAGUGGCUCAUGAACGCGCCCAUCACCGACAAGGCGGACGUGUACAGCUUCGGCAUGGUGCUCCUGGAGAUCGUGCGCGGGAGGAAGAACUCAAAGAAGCAGGGGGAGGAGCAUCAGAUGGCGAGCGGGUCCAGCGCGUCGUCGUCGUCGUCGUCAUCGGAGAGCAGCGGCUACUUCCCCGCGCUGGCGCUGGAGCUGCACGAGCAGGGCCGGUACGAGGAGCUGGUGGACCCGAGGCUGGAGGGGCGCGCGGACGCGGUGCAGGUGGAACGUGUGGUGCGGGUGGCGCUCUGCUGCCUCCACGAGGACGCGGCGCUGCGGCCCACCAUGACGGUGGUGUCCGCCAUGCUCGACGGCAGCAUGGAGGCGGGCCAGCCCCGGGCGGAGCUCCUCCGGUACCUUAGGAUGUACGGGCGUGGGUUGGUGGACCUGCGGCCCGCCGCUGCCGGGUGGAUGGAGCAAGGGAAAGCCAGGGGAAGCGCCGGCGGCGUCAGCAGUGGCUGGUCGCCGCCGUCGUGCGUGUCGGCGCAGCAGCUCUCGGGACCCAGAUGACGGGACUGUCUGUCUCACACCGUACAGACCAAAUCGAUCAAUGUCGUAGCUUUUCUCUUCCUUUUCGUUUCGGAGCCAAGAUGAUUUCAGCAGUUCUUGCCACGACGUACACUGAUUAGCGUGAUCAGCAGUUCAAUACAUACAGAACAGCAAGCUAUUCGGAUCCUGAUUUCGCCACCAAUGGCUGCUGACUGAAAAGAACCAGGAGAUAGCGCAGAUGAAACUAGAUGCAGUGCCCAUUGCUGACUGGAAAAAUGUCUGCAUUGGAAUCGGAUUACUUCGCCAACCUAGUACACAAAAUUGAAUAAACAAAUCGUCAGAAAAAAAACAAUGUAUAUGAAUCUCCACGGAACAAGGGAGUGUUUAUUUUAAUUCAGGUUCAACGCUUGAACAGCUGUAUAUCUUUGCUUAAACCAGGGAACGAUCAAACAGCUGCCGGCAGGUAGUAGGCAAUCCAGCGCAAAGCUAGCGAGAAGCUGUUUCUGGCCGAGAUCUCAAA